AUGCCAUUUCAGACGGUGAAAUUCCCCGAGUAUCCACAGCUAGCCACCUUUUUGGCAUAUUACCAAGGUGUGGAGCCUGAAACUCUUUCAGAGGUAAAGUCGGAACUUAUAAACAGAAAUGAAGACUACGACUACUGCUUCUUGAGCACCACUCACAUCAUCUCAUUGGAACAGCUCUAUAGUAGUCUCCAUUCUUCCAUCCAGAACCAUGUGCGUGGUACUAUGAAGGCGAGAACUCUCAACACAGAGGUAAUUUUCAAUUUGUCCCCGGUUAACAAAAUCAACGAUGCCUUGAAGAUAUUUGGCGUGGAUGAUAAGAGACAAGACGUUAUUGUCGUUAAGGUUUUCAGAAGUGAGGAGCAAGAGCAGUUCCAGGACAUUGAGCAGGCAGUCUCGACAGUGUUGGGAGUGAACUCUCUGGAUCUCACUGACGAUGUGUUGGAGAGCAAAGUUGAUCUUAAAAAGUUUAGAAAGGUGUUUAAGUUGGCCCCAGAAAGCUUAUCGGGACCAGAAACCUAUACCAAGGGGGCCAUAGCAGCUAGUUUAUUGCGUGGAUUAUAG